UUUUAUGCCUAUCUUUAUAGCUAAAUCUUUCAGACCAUGUUUUUGUUUGUUGUUCGUUUGUUUUUGCUAGGUGGCUGUGGUGCCACACCAAGGUUAAAAUCUGCUGCCUUAAGUGCGGAAGAUGCAGCGAAGAAUUACUGUCCUCCUGGGACCACUGUGAGUUAUGUCUGUCGUCCAGGAUAUGAGAGCACCGAACUGAGACCUGUCAUUACUUGUCUUGAGAAUUCAACAUGGUCAGAAGCCCCUGAGUUCUGUAGAAGGAAAUCGUGUGGUGUUCCAAAAGGACCAGAGCAUGGCAGAGCUGUUGAUACAACAAAUUACCUGUAUGGUGCAAGCGUAAACAUCAUUUGUGAUGACGGGUUUAGAUUACGUGGGCGGCCUUUCAUCCAAUGUACGCUGAAGGGAGAUCAAGUUGAAUGGAGUCAACUUCCAACUUGUGAAGCAAUACUUUGUCUUCCACCUCCUGAUAUCCCCCAUGGAUCCCAUACUGGUCAGAGUGAACAAGAGUUUUCCUUUGGCUCAGCGGUAACUUACACAUGUGACCAGGGCUUCUCUCUUAUUGGAGAUGCCUCCAUUCAUUGUACAACGAAAGAUAAUGUCAAUGGAGAGUGGAGUGGGCCUGCCCCUGAAUGCAAAGCAAUUACUUGUUCUCCUCCUCCUAAUAUUGCCAAUGGGAAGCACAAUGGCAGCAAUGUGGAAAUCUUUGACUGUAACUCAUCUGUAACUUACAAAUGUGAUGAUAAUUUCUCACUUACUGGAGAGGCCUCCAUUCACUGUACAACUAAAGAUAACAUCAAUGGAGUCUGGAAUGGGUCUGCCCCUAAAUGCAAAGGUGACUGUCUGUCUGUUUUUAUCUUCCUCUUGUUCUACUUUCUCCAACCAGAAAAAACAAUAUUUUGAUUUCUAGGCAAAUCC